GGAGACAUUGCCAUAAACCAAACCUAAGUCUAAAAGAGAUCAGAGCCUAAUUAAGAAGCAAAUUUAGAGAUAUUUUGCGGUCUAGAAAACAUACAUACAGAUCCUAAAAUGGCAUUAAUGGUGAGAACAUUGAUGAUGAGUGUGGCUUUAAUAAGCAUGGUGGUUGGAUCAGCCAUGGCAGCAAAUCACACUGUGGGUGGUCCAAAUGGUGGAUGGGAUACAUCUACCAAUCUCCAAUCUUGGGCAUCAUCGGAAACAUUUAUGGUCGGAGAUAAUCUCAUCUUUACGUAUUCACCGAUGCAUGAUGUGAAUGAAGUUUCCAAGGCUGACUACGAUUCCUGCACGUCAGCAAACCCGCUGUCAACUAAUUCCGGCGGUAAUUCCGUUGUGCCUCUUACCGCCGCCGGCAAGAGAUACUUCAUAUGUGGAACGAUGGGACAUUGUUCCAUGGGAAUGAAACUCCAAGUCAAUGUCCUCGCCGCGGCUGCUCCGCCGCCAGCAGCAGUUUCUACAACCCCAUCAUCACCCGCUCCAUCACCAUCAACGCCUUCCGCCACCGCCCCUGUCGCUGCUCCGGUUAAUUCUCCGGCGCUGGAAAUAGCCCCUGCACUGCCUGCGGCAGCACCGUCCAAGGCAACUGCAGAAAGCCCAGCUGCCCUGUCACCGGUAGCGGAAGACCCUUCAACCGCUGCUGCAGCAGCAUCACCGCCGGCUCUGGAUUUCCCAGGGACGAUUUCUCCUGCUCCUGCCGGCGGUGAUCGUGAAUCUCAGCUGCCGCCUCCUCUACCGUCAUCGGCCAACAAAGUCAAUGUCGUUGCUGCGGCCUUCGCCUUUAUCUUCUUCAUGCUGGCUCCGAUCCUUAGGCUUUAAUUUAAUUUUACUAUACACAAAUUAAUUGGUCUCCAUUACAGAUGAAUGUUGUACUGUUCAUUCUCGAUUAUGCAUGACUGCUUAUCCUGAGUGAUGGUUUAAACUUUUGCUUCCAUUUUAAUUCCACAUUCAUCUCAUCUGA